GGCCAUGGGCUCCAUCUCGUAUCUGCCCUAGGCCACUGAUGCAGAUGCUUCCAUCCUGUGUGGGGUCUUCCCCAGGGCUCUGGCAGCUGCCUCCACUUGCUGACAGCAUUGGAAAAGAAGGGUUUACAGCCUGGCCCAGGCUGCAAGGUCAAGAGGAUGUGGCGGAUGGACUUGCAAGGCAUGGUGCACUCAGGACCCUGCAGCCUGAUGCAAGCUUCCCCGCCCCUGUGAGCCUCACUGGCAGCAAAACCCAGCCUGAGCUGCAGGUUGGUGAGGGGGGUUGGAUCCAGGCUCUCCUGGGCUAAUCGCUACAUCAGCUGAGUCAACUUGGUUUGAGACCCAAACACACGUGCUAGGGAACCAGCUAAGCCCCACUGCCAUUGGGGCACAGCUGGGGUCUGAGCCCUUUCCUUUGGGGGAAAUUGGUACUUUCUACCCAGUAUCUUGGCACCAGAAAAUUGCAAAGGCUGAGUCCAUGUGAACACUUCCUGCUGUAGUACUUGGCUUGUGCUGAAAUGUCCAGCAUGCUGUGCUCAGUACCUGGUGCCAGGAUCUUGCCACCAAGUUCCCAGGGUCCAUUCCGUGGGCUAUCCCCUUGGCAGGCAGUAGUCCUGGGCUGCCUGUAAGUGUCUUGCCUAGUGUCUAAGCCCAGGCCCAGAGGGAUGCUGUGGCAUCUCCUCACCUCAUGAGAGAAGGGGCUGGAGCUUUGCCCUCAGACAAAUGCAUGGAGCCCCUUGUAGUGUCUAGUGCUUAUGCUGCCAGGCCCCAGCCUGCAGACAGGUGGGCAAACAGCUCUCUCAGGCUCGGUGCCAGCUCCAGGGUUUCAGUUUUGUGCUGCUGGGAAAUAGGUUGGCUCUGGGCCCAGCCCCAGAGCAGCUUAUCAGCCCUGCAGCCAAGGUGUCCUGGCGCCAAGUACUGCUGAGCAAACAGCAGAGGCAACCUCCUCCUGUUGGAGGGCAGCUAGCUCCUUGUAGGUGAAUGCAACUUGGGCCUUUGCAGGGACGUGGGCUUGGAACUGCUGGGGUUUCUUGCCUGGAGCCUCUGUUGCCCCUGGGGAAGAAGCACAGCAAAGUCCAGCUGUCCCCCUGAUCUUGUGUGCUCAGGGCCUUCUUGCCACCUCCUAAGUGCUGCCAGCCCUCCUUUUUGCCCCCACUCCUUGCUUCCUGCACCCUGCUCCUGGUCCCAAUUCGCACAGCUUGCUGCCCCAGUACCAUGUGUCCAGCAGCCGCAUCAGGUUCCUGUGAUCAUAGAGGUCCUUGAGUUUGAGGGAGGCUGUGGGUUUAACAAGGCAAACCUGGAGCCUAGGAAGGUUGGGAGCUAUUCCUCUCAGGGGUUGUUUCUCUGUCUGCUGAAGAGACCAUUGUGUAGGACUGUCAAGGACCUGGUGAUUUGUCCAGAUGCAUCGCUUCCCCUGUCCCUAAGGCCCAUAGCCCUGCUGCAGAAGGAGGUUAAGUUAGCUUCACAUAGCUUGUUUGUGCUGAUCUGUUGUUGGCUGUUGCCUAUGGCCUUAUCUUCUAGGCUUACAGUCCUAGACUCUGGUUUCAUUUUGCAUUCAGUUUCUGGGAAUCUUGCUGUCCCCUGUACUGUGCCUAUUUCUCCCCCUGCCCUGCCUUUUAUCAGUCUUUGAUCUUUUAUUACAGGUUAUGGGAAUCACAACAAGUGCUAUUGAAGAUUAUUGCUUUAAUUUCCUUCUGAGAACCCAGAAUGAAUAAUUUACUGAUCUUGAAAGCAUUUGACUGUAGGAGUCAGGCUGGCAGGGUUAUUGGCAAUCACCUGAUCUGCCCUGACUAAACCACACUGUCCAAUCUGCUCUUGAAAACUUCCAGGAAUGGAGACUGCCCACCUCUUUAGGUAGCCUCUUCCAAUGCUGGACCCCACUCAGGAAGCUCCUCCUCAGCUCCAGCCUCAACUUCCCCUGCUGCAGCUUGAGGCCCUUGCUCCUAGUUUGGUUCUCUGUAGCCACAGAAAUAAGUCCAACUCUGCCUUUAUAAUUACCCUCCAGAUAUUUGAAGGCUGGGAUUACAUUUCUCCCUCCUGCCCUUCAGUCUUUUCUUCUCCAGAAUCAGUGGCCCUAGCUCUUCCAGCCUGUCCUCAUCAGUCCUGCUUCCCAGCUGCCUAUCAUUUGUUGCUCUCUGCCAGAUUCUUUGCUGUCUGUCCAUGCCUAUAAAGUGCGGGGCCCAGACCUCGACUCAGGAGUCCAGUUGAGGCCUUGCCAGUCCUGAGUCAAGUAGAAGAAUUGCUGCCCUUGACUUGCAAGUGACCCAGCUGUUAAUGCAGCCCAUUUUGCUGGGUUGGCUCAUCGUUCACCGUAACCCUCAGGUCCUUCUCUGCAGCCUGACUAGUUCCCCAGUCUGUUGGUACAUGCAAUGAUUCCGUCUCGGGUGCAGAGUUUUGUGCCUGUCCACACCUAAAAUCGUAGGCAAGUCGGGCUCUCUGGGCAUGGGAGAAUGCAUAAUUCAUCUGCUCUGGGCUUCCUUCACUCUUCCUGCUCCCUUCUAACUACCCUCUGCCUUGAUCCCAAUCCUGGCAUCAAGAUACCUUGUGACCCCUGAUGGCAGUUGUGCUGGGGCUUCUUCCCUGCCCUGUGCCUGGGUGCAGUAAUUGGAUCUGGGGUGUAGGUUGUAGCUGUGUUGCUCUAAGAACAUAGGCAGACAAGGUUCCUUGGAUGAAUCUGAGAUCUUUUAUUAGACCAACCCAAAUGGUUGGAGAAUAGUUAUUAAGCAAGCUUUCGGAUUCAAAAACCCUUUGUCAGGCUAAGGAAGUUUCAGCAGUCGGUGUGUGCUCUUCCUGGAUGGAAUGAAAAGUAAAGAAGCCAGCGGCUGGGCUGGUGUGCAGACAAGACAGGUAGUCGGUGAAAAUGUAGAUUGAGGAGUCAAUGGGUGAGAGACAGGUGGGGGGGGGGGAGAGAGAAGGGCGAUGAAAGUGAAGAGAUGCCUGGGGAGUCAGAUGUCAGGCAGGUAUAAUGUGCCAUAAAUCCAAUGCCUAUAUUUGGUCCAUGAUUUUUAGUAUCCAGGAGGUUGAUGAAGUGGAGUUCGUAGGCUCGUCUCUGGGAAGUGUUUUGUACGUUUCCUUUGAGGAUCAGGACUGAGAGAUUGGAGAGAGAGUGGUUUUCUUGUGAGAAAUGCCCCCACCGGUAAUUGGGUAUUCCUGUCUUUGAUAGAUUUCCGGUGUGCAUUCAUUCUGGUGCGCAGUUGUUUGGUCUCUCCUACGUAUUUUCCAUCAGGGCAUUUGGUGCAUUGGAUGAGAUGUAUUACAUUUCUGGAGGUAAUUGGGUCUGGGGCUUCAAGGCUGGGUGCCCUCAGCUUCUCCAGGCCUGUGCACUUUCAGCGCUAUACGUCUCCUUAGCCUGAGACUUUAACAUUAUCUACAGCCCUAACCAGAAUAGAACGAUGCAUGCUGGUUAUCGGGGACUUUAGGGCCAGUGAGUUUGUGCUUGCUCCAGCCCAAAGGCUCUCACGGUUUAAGGCUCUGGCAGCAGCUGGUAGUUUCCUUCCCAGGCCACAGCUCCCAGACACCUAGAUUGCUGUAAGAAUCCCAGUGGUCACUUGGACCCCGUGCAGUACCCUGAAGGGCCUGGAACCAGGAGGGAGUUAGGGUACCUGAAGAGGUUAAACUGUCUCCUGGUGUUUGGGGAUUGGCUCAGGACUUUGGAUCUCCCACAACUGGAUGCAAUACAGAGCCAGAUGGACACAGACUGGGAGCUUUUUGCCUUCCUCUGCAGCAGGGGCACAGCCUCUGCCUGGGGUCUGCAGUGCAUUUAACUCUUUGGCAGCAGCAGGGCAGUGCCAGGCCAAAUCCCCCAAUGUCACUUGGUGCAGGGUUAGGGGCUCUCAAGUGUCUCGGCCUGGCUGCUAUGCUUGUGCUGGUGUGUGGUGCUAGGAACAAUUCGGACAAAGAUGUGUCUGGGAGGGUUUGGAAGGGCUUGAUCCUGGCUAGAAAAAGGGGCAGGGCUGGAUGUGACCCCUGCAAGCGCCCAGCCAACCUGGCUGCACUUUAAAUAUUCUAUGCAUGCAAAUGCUGCAGAGCCCCAGUUUGUUUUCUUAAACUCCUUAUCAGUGCAAUAAAACACAGAUGGAGGCUGCCUUGUAUUACCCAGGCUUUUUGUAAACAUCUUUUCCAUAGAAGAAUUACCUAAUUAUUUCUCCUUAGUCCAGAAAUGAGUAAAAGCAAGGAGCUGACGUUCUGUAAGGGGAGGUAGCCUGGAGCCUAAUGAGGUUGAGAGCCACCUUGGACUAACUGGCUGAGAGAGUUGUGUGCUCUAUCCCUACAUUUGGCAACUUGCUGAGCUAACUGGAUCAGGGGCCAAGAAGGCAACAACUGACUUCAUCAGAUGCUAGAGUGAGGGGGCAGCUUCCCUCUUACCACAAGGUCCUUGAUAAGAUCUCGGGGAAACAAGUGAUUAGCUCUGAUCCUGCCAGCUGCCAUGGUAGGGACAGGCAUACAACAACAUUGCUCUGGUACUUGUCUUCUGCAAAGAGCUGGCCUCCUUGGGAACACCUAUACCAGCCCUAGCAUGUCCUGUUCAUAGUGGGACCUUGUCUCAAUGGGUUUUUUGGUCUGAAUUUCAGUAGAGGUGGGGGUUCUCUUUCCUUCCUCCGGCUCAGGACUUAAAUGCUGCUGCUAUAGAACUGUCUUCAUCCCCCCACUCCCUUCCUAGACCACUGGAAAUAGCACCUGGAUCUCAGAGGAGGGGGAGGGUGGCACUUAGGAUGCUCAUGGGAAACUGAAGGAAAACAGGCAAUGGGGCUCUUUGGUGGGGUUGGACUGGGGUGGGCGGUUAUCAUAGAGCAGUGGGACUAGAAGGGUCCUGUGGAGGUCACAUGGAGUCCAACCCCCUGAUCAGCCCUGUCCAAACCAUCCCAUCCCCAUCCAUCAGCUGAACUCUGAGCAAAACUACCAUCAGGCCUGACCUCCCCACUCCCCCCCACCCCACCACAGGGCAAGCAGGGGGGGCCCACAGUGGCCAACAUCCUGCUUCUGUAAAAGGUGGUUAAUAAGACACUUGAGAGAUCCCAGACAGAGGCUGUGCCCCUGCUGCAGAGGAAGGCAAAAGCCCUGCAGCCCAUACCAAUCUGACCAGGGAGUCAAAUUCCUUCCUGGCCCUAAUGCAGUAUCUGUUUGAGCCUGAGUGGAGGGGCAAGACCCUCUAGCCAGGACCCUCCAGCUUUGGUCCUAGCAGGAGCAUUUGUACAACCCAGGCCCCGUCCCCAGCCUGGGCUGCAGCCAAACACCCAGUGCCUCUGAGGAAGGCUUUGAAAAGGACAAAGAUGAUAUGUGAGAUGUACUGCACGAGAUAUGGCUGCACUCAGUGGCAUAAAAACAUCCCUUAAUAGUUAAUAGUUAAUCUGUGCUUUCCAUCUGCUUUCACUUUCUGUCACUGGGAGACCUUGGGGGGGGGGGAGGGGCAGCAAGCCCAGGUGGUAUCCUACUUUCUGCUGGCUAUGCUGCUUGCUCUGAACCCACCACAGUUGCCACCUAAGAGGCUUCCUGGCCCCAUCACUUAUACCUGGAGCCCUUAUGUGGAAGCUCCAGCCCCCUUAGAGGGGUUUGAGCUUGACAGGGGAGGCUGUGGCAGAGUAUUGGAAAUCCCCAGUCUGCAGCCCAGGAGGCAUCACUGCCUGCGUGCUGGAGGAGGGAGCAAAGGUUCACGCCCAGACAGGAGCUGCUAUAAGAAGCAACAGGGCUCACGUGGGGCCAGCACAACACAGGUGCCAGCUCUGUUCCUCACCAGGUGUGGAGAAAGUGAAAACAGCUGUGAUGGGAUCCUGCAAAAGCUCUCUGAAUGGUAAGGAGAUGGGGAGCUCCCUGGUGCCAGGGUCACAGCAUGUUGGACUUGGUGCCACCUGCACUUGCUUGCUGCAGCAUGAUGAGCUCAUGCUGGUGCCCCAAAUGGGGUCCCCGGCCCCAGCACUGCCCUUUCUGCCCUUGUUGGCACUGGGAAGAGUCCUGGCUCCUCUGUGGGCCUUCAUCACAUCUCUGGUCACGCGUAGUUUGGGGCUGGAGCCGAAGCUAGAGCCAAGAGCCUGAUCAGCCCUGGGCUGAUCGGGGCAGCUCAGGCUCCCAGUCUCCAGGGGCUGGGAGGCUCCUUGGCUGCCAGGACAAGGCUGGGCAGUUGAUGGGGCCCCCUGUGGAAAGGCUCAGGGAAUGAGGCUGCUGGGCUGGGGCUCACUACAGCCCCAGGGCUUCUCUGGCCCCCAGCAGCAUCCAGGGAAGACCAGGGAAGUUGGGGUUUCACUCCCUCGCUCUCACAGUCUUGCCAGAGCCCAUCACCUCUGGCUUUUGGCUCCGUGUAGGAAGAUGACAGGUGGAACAGGAUAAGGCUUCAUCCCUAGCCAGGAGUGGAUGGAGUGGGGUUUUCCCAGCCUCUAGAGGCACCAAGCCAUGAGCCUCAGCCUCUGGUCUUUCAAGGGAGGGCAGACAGCUGCACUCCUGCUCAUACCCGUUCAUGCCCCUCCUGGGCUCUUUCAUUUUCAGUUUGAGCCUGAGGAAACUUCCUGCUGGAGUUGCACAAACCAAGGGGCUGUUGGCUCUGCUCAGGCUAUGCCCUCUGCAGGCAUGCCAGCUUCCUGUCUCUGGGGAAGGGGGCCAGGGCAGAAUCUCCCUCUGGGGCUUCCCCCCUCCGGUCUGCUCCUGGCAGGUUAAGAAGCCAGGAGGCUGGAAAUGCUGCCCUCUCCCUCCUGCCCUUGAUGAAGGAGUCCAGCUGCUGUCCCGUGGUGGGUCCAGGCAGCCAGAGUCCCCUGACCAAAACAGGGUGUGAAGGGAUCAGAUCCCCUCCAGCCAAGGCCAGGGUCUCACUCCUGCUUAUGGCAUCUCCCACAGGCCUGGACAAGCUCAGGGAGGCAUCACAGCCCCUCUGCUUCCACCCUACCACCAAGGGCUCCCAGAUCCAGCUGGAUGCAGCACACCGCACAGCCAGCAGGGCUGACACCUUCUGUGACGGCAUCGUCUUCAGCAACCGGCCUGUGCAGCUGGGCGAGAAGGUGGUGCUGCGGGUGCUGCGCACGCAGCCCCGCUGGGACGGGGGGCUCCGGGUUGGCUUCACUAGCCUGGACCCCUCGCAGAUGAUCCCUAAUCACCUGCCCCGCUUUGCCUGCCCAUCUCUGGUGCUGCAGGGGCGGACAUGGGCAUCCCUUCUGCCAAAUGCCUGUGAGGAGCAAGGCACCAUUGUCCGCUUCUGGCUGGACCACAGGGGCCGAGUCUUCUUUGAAAUCAACAACGAGCACCGCAGGUUACUCUUCAAAGGCGUGCCAGUUCAGGGCCCGCUCUGGGCUGUCAUUGACGUUUAUGGCCAGACCAAGGCUGUCCAGCUGCUGGAUCAAUAUGGAGACCUCCAGGAGCUCCCCCGUGAGCUGCCCUGUUCCUUCUUGCCGGAUGAGCCAGCACAUGGGGAUCGCUGCCACCUGCCCAGGUCCAGCAUGGAGAAGUGCACCAUCUGCUACGCACAUAUGGCCAACACCCUGCUGUAUCCCUGUGGCCAUACUGACUGCUGCCACUGCUGCGUCCAGAGAAUGCUAGCCACUGACAACCGGUGUCCCAUCUGCCGGCGAGACAUCAAGGAUGUGGUGAGGUUUAGCCUGUGGGGGACAGACCUGCAGGCCCCAAUCCUCUGAGGGUUUUGAGAGUGCCUGGGAGACCCCUGAAGAGGCCAUGCUUGGUGCUGAUGGGCAUGGGGAUGCAGUGACAUCAUAUCAGCUCUGAUGAACCCAAAGGCUGGGUCUGAGAUGGCCCCAGUGUCUGUGCCCAGCUGAGAGGGAGCAAUGCUCCCUGGUACAGAACCAGCCAUGGACUGAGGGCUGAUAGGCAUGUGGAGAUGUCCAGUAUGCAAAAAAGCAUCAAUUUAUGCAAAUGUACAUGUGUUUAUGCAUCUGUAGAUAUAUUAGGGUGCUCUUAAGUGUGAUAGAUAUGUAAAGGGCAUGAGUAUUGUAUGGUAUUACAGUAUUAUGAUAACAUAACUGUAACUACUGUAUUGUUUCAUAUACAAUGUGCAUCCUUUUCCCUAGUAGGGAGGGAUGAUAAUCAUGCUAGCAUGAUUAAUGAGGUUAAUAAACCUCCUGGCCAGUUUCUAUAAAAGGGCAAGUCUUUUCCCCUCUUCAUUCUCCCCUCCCAGCACAAGGCGCCUGUGUUGGUUUUUUGGAGAAGGUGAAUAUGUGAAGAGGAAAUGUUUUAAAUAUGUAAAUAUGCAACAGCUUGUAAAUGUGUCACAAUGGUGUAAUCCGUGUGUGCUAUAAAUUCUAUAAAUAUGCUGCCUAAUAAAUAUGUAUAUGCUUAUGUA